UAACUUCCGCUCCGCACACCUUGACCUCGCGCUGCACAGCUACCCUCACCGGAAGUGACGGAGGCCGUCUGCCGCUGUGAUGAAAGCUCCGGCACGAAGGCGACUCAGUCCGGGUCGUAAACUCUGCUUUCGAGGCUCGGGAGUGUUUCAGCCGCCAUUAAAACUCGCGAAUCCUACAAAAUAAAAGACUUCCGGGUGAAGCGCCUGUCCGACGUGCGCUGGCUGUGAUGAGAGGGCGCGUGUCAGUGGGAGCAGCUGAGGAUGCCGGGAUAUUUUUAGGGUGACGAAGAUGAGGAUGACGGGGCGGAGCUCUGACGUCAUAGGUUUUUGUGUUUUUAGCUCCGCAGUGCUGCUGCCGGACCUGACGAGCCGCUGAAAGCUGCAGGAAGGGCUUUUACUUCACACUUUCUCCACUUCUUCUCCUUCUUCUUCUUCCUCCUCUUCCUCCUCUCCCCCCCCCCAUCUCUCUCUCUCUCUUUCUCUCCAUGCGGGUCUCUUACCCGCACCGACGCAAACACCGGGCCUUCCUGUAGCCGCCGCCCCGGCCUCCCCCUCCCUCCGGCCGGCGGAGCCUCCCAGCUGAGCCCCGCUGAGGUGGCCUGGUUCCCGGGGAAAGAUGCUGUAGAGCAGCCGGCAGAGGAGAUGCUUCUUCCGGACUGAAGGGAGCAGAAAGCAGGAAGAUGUCCGGCAGGAUGCCUCUGACCCCGGUGAGCGAGAGAGAGCCGGAACAGCCAAAGACUUCAGACGGCCUCCCCGAGCCGCCGGCCCCGCCCGCCAAAUCAUCGAGCCGUCACAGUCUGCCGCCAUGUCGCAGCUCGCUGACGGCCGUCGCAGACGAACAGCCGCACGUCGGCAACUACCGCCUGAUGAAGACCAUCGGCAAGGGCAACUUCGCCAAAGUCAAACUGGCCAGACACACGUUGACCGGCCGAGAGGUCGCCAUCAAGAUCAUCGACAAAACUCAGCUGAACCCCACCAGUCUGCAGAAGCUCUUCAGGGAGGUCAGCGUGAUGAAGAUCCUCAACCACCCAAACAUCGUGAAGCUGUUUGAGGUGAUUGAGACGGAGAAAACUCUGUACCUGGUGAUGGAGUACGCCAGCGGAGGUGAAGUCUUUGACUACCUGGUUGCUCACGGACGAAUGAAGGAGAAGGAGGCCAGAGCCAAGUUUCGCCAGAUUGUGUCAGCAGUGGAGUACUGUCACCAGAAGAGGAUUGUACACCGAGACCUCAAGGCUGAGAACCUUCUGCUGGACGCCGACAUGAACAUUAAAAUCGCCGACUUCGGCUUCAGUAACGAGUUCACGCUGGGCAGCAAGCUGGACACGUUCUGCGGCUCUCCUCCGUACGCUGCUCCCGAACUCUUCCAGAAGUUGCAAAAGAAGGCGAGACAAAACUUUGAAAGAAAGACGGGGAAGAAGUACGAGGGGCCGGAGGUGGACGUCUGGAGUCUGGGAGUGAUUCUGUACACGCUGGUCAGCGGCUCGCUGCCCUUCGACGGACAGAACCUCAAGGAGCUGAGGGAGCGGGUUCUCAGAGGAAAGUACCGGAUCCCCUUCUACAUGUCGACUGACUGCGAGAACCUGCUGAAGAAGCUGCUGGUGCUGAACCCGGGGAAACGGGGCAGCCUGCAGCAAAUCAUGAAGGAUCGAUGGAUGAACGUCGGCUAUGAGGACAAGGACCUGAAAUCAUACGCCGAACCAGAACAAGACUUCAACGACCUCAAACGCAUCGAGCUGAUGGAGACGAUGGGCUUCCCUCAGGAGGAAGUGAUGAAGGCGCUGGAGGGUCAGAAAUACAACGAGGUGACGGCAAUAUACCUGCUGCUGGGAAAGAAACCUGCUGAGUUUCAAGGCAGUGCAUCUUUGUCCAGCAGUAACCUGGUUCAAAGGUUACGACCCAGCAGCGACCUCAACGGCUCCAGUCAGUCCCCCGCCCACUCUCGCAACGUAUCCACCAAUCAGAAGCAGCGGCGUUUCAGCGACCAUGUGGCGCCCUCUAUCCCCCCACCUGUCUCCUACACCAAGCGUUGUCAUGCCAACAGCGUAGAGAGCGACAGGAAGGAAGAGCCGGCCUCACCCAUGGGAGCUCCGGACCGCAGGAGGUCAGCCACAGCCUCAGGGAGCAUAACUCGGAGGAACACGUAUGUUAAUGAGAGAACAAGUACUGAACGCCACUCGGCUGCUGUUCCCAACGGAAAGGACAGCAGUCUACCUGAGGUACCUGCAGCAUCCUCCUCCCCAUCGCCGGGGGCAACCGUCUCCUCCACACGCCCCCGUCAUGUCAAGUCCAUGUCAGCGUCGGGACAUCCCAUGAAGUCCUGCCUGCCUCCCAUCGACGACAACGCAGAGUAUCAGAGCUCCCCUCAACAGCCUCCGUCAUCGCCUUCAGCCUUCAGCGUCACCAGCAGCAGCACCACCACGCCGGACCGGACCCGCUUCCCCCGCGGCUCCUCCAGCCGCUCCACCUUCCACGGUGCUCAGCUUCGAGACCGACGACCCGCCACCUACAACGGCCCGCCGGACUCGCCCAGCAUGUCGCAGCACCCCGCCGCAUCCCUGGCCUCACCCCGCCGCGGCACCUCCACCUCCCUCAUUGGCAAGAUCACCUCCAAGUUUGUACGCAGGACUUUAUCAGUUGAGCCCAAAGAGGAGGGGCGGGACUGCAAGCCUCGUUCCCUGCGCUUCACCUGGAGCAUGAAGACCACGUCCUCCAUGGAGCCGGGGGACAUAAUGAAGGAGAUCCGGAGGGUCCUGGACGCCAACAACUGUGACUACGAGCAGCGCGAGCGCUACUCGCUGUUCUGCGUGCACGGAGAUGCCCGGCAGGACAGUCUGGUCCAGUGGGAGAUAGAGGUGUGCAAGCUGCCCCGCCUCUCGCUCAACGGCGUGCGGUUUAAAAGGAUCUCUGGCACGUCCAUCGCCUUCAAAAACAUCGCCUCCAAAGUGGCCAACGAGCUCAGGCUGUGAGCGACUUCCAAUUAUUAUCAAAUUAUCCUUAAACACUGCAAGGAGAAUACUUCUGUUCCUCUUCGUCACAAAGUGACGUCCCACCGAGUGACGGCGGGUUGUUCAGCAGUAUUCCUCGCUAACUGCUGUAUGACUCCAAGAACAUACACCUUAUUAUACUCAAGACAGUUACUAUUUAAUGUUAUCACUAAAUGUUUGCCAGUGAAACCAAAUAUUAAAACAACUGACGGCGCAGAUAUCCAGCAGGUUGUGGUUCAUCCCUCAGCGUUGCUUCUCGACAGCCAGAGAGGAUUAAUCCAGAACAAACACCAAGGCUAAUGAGGAUGAGAGUGCUAGCUCAGUUUGUUUGCUAGCACUGAAAUCCAUCUGUCACUACCUACUGGAGCGAGACUAUAUGUUGGUUUAUUACUGAUACGUGCACAUAAGAAUUCAGAUUCUUCCAAAACCUUGGAAACUGAUUUUUUUGAAGCAUCAUGUAAAGUGGAAACUUAGACAGGUAGAUUUCUGUUGGAGAAACCGGAUGAGUCUUUAACUGGGUUUUUUUGGGACUAAGCAAUUUGCAUGUCAAAGAGUCAGGAUAGGAAAGUAACUGCAAAGAUAUGUUGCUGACCGAGCUCCAUGUAAUCUGGAGUUUUAGACUUAUAAUAUUGCAGUGCAUGUAAACCUUGCCUUAACCUGAUUGGUAACAGUAAUCUGGUUUCUGGAGUGGAAGUAAACAGUCAGUGAAACAUUACCUCUGCUCUACCUGUGCAACUCUCCUGGUGCAAUAAUAGAAUAGCUAGCCGUGUAUGCAGGUUCAGCAAACAUUUAUCUGGCACCAUUUGCUCAUUGCUUUCUGAUGGUGUAAAAUUCUUUCAAUUCGCGGCCUGGACCUCUGUUGCUAGAGAGGCCAGCUAGUUUGCUUGCUAGCCAAUUAGCUAGCCCAUUAAUCUUAGCUCGCUCUGCUAAUGUCCGCUGACUGAAUAUGUGUUCAGACUGAAUGUGAGGGGAAUUGUGGAGGCUGCACAGCUGCAUAUAACGCUGAGAGGUGAAGACGGCGUAUUGGAGAGAAGAUAUACGUCUGUGCAAGUUGAAAAUCAUCCCGAGGUUUUUGAACUCCAGUUCAUGAACGCAUGCGAUGAGGAAAAGAGGAAAAAUAAACUGGAGCAAAAUGACAGAACUCCUGUAGCACAAAGAGACACUGCAAACACGCCGUCGGGUUGUAUGCUGCUAGCUAGCUACAGCUAACGUCUGUACAGUUGGUACAUUAGCUGUUUGUGGCGAAUUAACAGACUGCAAAGACAGUCCAGUCAAGUUUGUCUGUCACACUUUAACACUAGUUGGCAAGCUCAUCAGUGACAGAAGUGGGAACUAGGGAGGGAAGAAUUUUAACAGGUUUAAAUGAGGUUUCUAGCUAAUGUUAGCAUAGCAUCAUUCUGUCUGAUCUGAUUUAACUGCCACAAGUCUGGACGUGUUUCGUGAAGCAUUAGAAUCAAUAUGUCGUUGGUUUUCUCUCCUGAAAUUAAAUGUCCACCAGCCACGGUUUUUUGUCGCUGUGAACAUUUUAUGAUUGCGAUGAUGACGUUUGCAGCAGAUAUCCACUCUUCAGUCUCAGUCUCAGCUUCAGUUUUGCUGCGAGUUGCACAGUUUACAGUCGAGGUGAUGAGUCAUGAAAUGUGAUUAACAAUCCGGUAGUGACAACAUCCUCACUGUUGCUUGUAUCGCUGAGGAAAUGGAAACGCCUGUGACCUCUGACCUCCUGAAGCAGCAGCCCUUUCACCCUUUCACUCCCCUGAUGACUGAUGUUAAUAUUAUUGCAAUAAUACUGGAGCUCUUGGUAAUGUCAGCACUCAACAAACAGGUGGGUCAAACACAAACUGUAAAGUUCCAUAAAUCUUUUUACACAUUUACAACUGACAGAACAGAAUGUGUUUUUGUUAUUUUAUUGCUGAGUUAUUGUUGUUGUUGCUGUAUAAAACGAUACCUGUCCAGGUGAAUAUGUGCAGGUACAGUAUUGAUUAGUCUUGGUUUGUGUACAGAGUCUGUUUUUUAUUUGGUCCACACUGUCUGCAUUCUUUAUUGGUUUUCCACCACUGAAAAUGUUAUUUUACUCUUAUUUUUCAAGGCUUUUAGCAGAACCACGUUAUCGAGAUGUGCACUUUGUGUUUUCCCAUUCACAUGUCCCCUGUUCAAACUUAAAGGACCAGUCUGGUGGUUAUUUUAUAUUUUUCUUAUCAUCAACAAGCCCCAUCACUGAGGACUUAAAUCUUUAAAAACACCUCACAGAUAUACAGUCUCCUGUUUAAAAAGGCUCAGUAGUUUCCUCAAACAGCUGCUCGCUGUAGUUUUUAUCAGACCAACAGGAGGAAACAGUGCAUCUGUUGGGGACUAUUUCCAGCGGCGGAUGAAUCCACAUGUGGUGCUGUAGUGAGUGUUUGGGGCAGCAGGACGGUGUGUGUGCGACUGAGGCAGAAUAAACUACAGUGUGUGUGUUCGUGGUGAUGAAGGAACAUGUCAGCCAGUGCAGCAGAGCGGCUCGCUGAUGUGUUUUAAUAGUUUCUGGACGACGAUGGAGGAAGAAGAUCCAUCAGGCUGCGAUUCACACACACACACACACACACACACACACACACCUGUUAGCAGAUACGUUCACUGCUGGUUUUGGACGUUUCUUGCUGACAAGAGAAAUAUAGAAAAUCACCAGUCUUUUCCUGAAGGCGAAUUCCAGCAGAAAUUGAGUUUCUGGUAAACUAGAUGCUGAAAUUGCCCUUUAAGCUUGUUUAUUGCUGUUUCCUGGGAGAUAAACUUCAUUCUGUCUAUUUCACCACUUAAUGCCUUCUGAAUGUACUGCUUUAUAUUUCUGACGCAUUCAGUUGUAUCUGAGGAAAUGAGCAGUUUGUGAUUUCUUUCCAUUUUAGUUUUUCUGUGUAUUUUGAAUUUUGUUCCCACCAAUCUUUGGCUGUACAUCAGCAGAGCCACUAACUAGCUCUACUUGUCUCUGUAGUGUCGAGGUCCUGAGGGUUCAAUGGUUCUCCAUCAUUACAGAAACUCUGAACACUUUGUACUGUAUGUUGUAGCACUUAAAACCAGGAAGGGAACAACCAAUGCAAAUCUUACGUCCUUGUCUGACAGGGAUGAAAGAGGUUAAAAGGUGUGAAUAUGACGCUGCCUUCAUGUCACCUGGGAAAGACUGUAAAUCUGAGCCUCUUACUUGAAAAUAGCCUUCACCUCAGCUCUCAGAGAGUAACUUGUACCAGGUGACCGACUGAUUUGUCAGGCUUGUCAUUAACAGGAAAGUAGCAGAAGUCCAGUGUUGCCAUGAUAGAUUCAUUUGAAAUAAAAACCAAACAAAUUAAA